UUCAUGUGGGCUCCUUUGUAUGUAGGUUUAUUUAUAGGCCUAAUGCAGUGUCUGGAAACUUCAAAUUCCUAAGAAAAAUGCCGAGUCUGAUCGUUGUGAAAUCGUUGAUCAGUUGAUCAAAGUGAAAUGGAUUAUGCUUACUCGAAGAAUCUUCAUUUAAAAGCAAGGCAGUUUUGCAGAGAAAGAUUCCUGAAAUGCGGGAGUUUGUAUCGGAAAGAUUUAUUUGGUCAUUACGGUUGUGUGAACGCUGUUGAAUUUUCACAUGAUGGACAAUGGCUGGUAUCUGGUGGCGAUGACAGACGUGUCCUGUUAUGGAACAUCAACAAAGCAACCAGACAAAAGAUUGCUAACAACUGUCAAUUGAAAACUGAGCAUUUGUCUAACAUCUUUUGCACAGUUUUUGACAAUGAAACAAGAUUUGUCUUUUCAGCAGGUAAUGAUGAAGAUGUAAUACGACAUGAUGUAAACAGAGAUGAAGCAGUUGGUCAUUAUGGUCAUGAAGAGGCUGUUUAUUGUGUUGCACUUCCAUCAGAUUGCUCAGAUAUCUUCGCCACUGCAGGAGAAUGUGGGGUUGUAUUUCUUUGGGAUGUUAGAGCACCUGAAGAAGAGCGAAUUUGCGUGGCAAUGUCAAGUGGCAGCUUUCAUGGUGUUGCAUUUAACCCAUAUGAAACAAAGCUUGUUGUAACAGCAAAUGCACAUGAUGGAGUCAGCCUUUAUGAUCUACGAAAACCUGACAAGCCUUUGAUGUUAUACGGAGAUUCAGGCCAACGGGAAAGUGCCAUGUUUGCGAAGUUCGAUCAGUUUGGCACAAGAAUUCUUGCAUUAAUGCGAAGAGCUGGACCAGUUCUCUUUGACAUCGGGAAAAAGAGGCGGUUAAUUGAGUUUAAUCAUCCGGAAUACAAAAAUAUUUGUACUUUGAAGAGCCCGUGCUUUGUAGGGGACGCUGAUCAGUUUAUUGCUGCCGGAUCAGACGAUUUCAACCUUUACAUAUGGGAGAAUCCUCGAGGGGAUGUGAUUGAAGAUUGCAUAGAUGAGCCGGCAAUGGUAUUGAAAGGUCAUCGUUCGAUCGUCAACCAAAUUAGAUACAAUCAUCACGCACAAGCAAUCGUAAGCUCUGGUGUGGAAAAAGUCAUCAAGCUUUGGAGCCAGUUCAAAAUGGAAGGAUGCACCGGUUACUUAAAAGGGAAGGACAGUGAGAGGAGACGAGAGUUCUAUUCGCACGAGGAAUACAUGCAGCUAAUUGUCGAGAGUGGCGAGCCGCUAAGCCAUGAUUACGGCAUGCGAUCUGUCGACGAAGACCCCCGAAUGAUCGCUUUUUUCGAUUCGUUAAUCCAACGAGUGAAUGCAGGUUGGUUUUCGGACGACUCGUCUGACGAUGAAUCGCCGAUGGAUGUUGUUUUAUUACAGUUAGCGAGUGAACUAAACGACGAAAAUGAUGAAACCAGCACUACUCCUAGUAUUCUUGAUCUGAUAAGGACAAUGAUGCGAAAUCAGAGUCAAGCGGAAUCGGCGGUACCUAGUUUUCUAAACAGGAGGCUCAGGCAGCUGUUGGCUAGUCAAAUGGCUUCGUUGACUGAAGAGAUUGACUCAGACAGUAGUUCUGGCUCAGAGCCAGCUAUUGAGGGUCAAAUACAACCGGACAGCGAAGAGAAUAUCCGCAGCCUGUUUCAAGGCAAUGCAGCAUUGCAGCCGGAGUCUGGUAGGCCGUCGUGUGAUAGAAGUCCAAGGGCGAGAAGAAAUAUUGAUAAUAGUGAAAGUAAUGUCCGUGCUGAAGGUCCAGGUGCUGGGAAUAGCUCUCACCCUAUUCGAGAGAUAUCGGAAAGAAAUACUGACACACUUACCACUAUUUGUCAUUGUAAGAACAGAAGAAGGCUGGAUGAAAAGCAAAAAAAUGUUGGUCAUUCUGGUGAUGGAAGUUUUGCUUCCGCUGUAUCAAAUACAUCACAUCCUAGUUCUUCGAUGGCACAAAACAGUUUUACAACUUUAAAUUAUAAAGGAGACAGAGAAAUUUGUAAUAACUCUGGUUUGAACGGCUUGGAUUCAUAUGAAGAUGUUAAUUAUAGUGACAGAAACAAUGUGUGCGUCAAUAGAUAUGAACGGAGAACAGACCAUUGUAAAUAUUGCGAUCAUUGUCGAGAAAUAGCAAAUACACGUGACGAUAGUAAAGACAUUGCAUUGUACAGCAAAAUAGAACCACGAGAACAAUCAAAAACCCGUUUCUUUGGCAGUGAAGAAAGCAAUAACAAUAACAGACUGUCAGAUAGUCCUACUUCCAAUAACCUGACUAGUAUUUCUGUCAGAAAUGAUAAAUAUUCAUCACAGCAACUUCCAUCUUCGUCAACCUGUAAAUCAGAAAAUGCUUCUCAAAGUUGUACAAAAUCAACUGCUACUGAUGAAGUAAAACGUGAUGACGUGAAACUUGAUGACGUAAUACUUGAUGACGAAAUACUUGAUGGCGCAAACCAUUCUAGUCAGUCUAGAGCGAAAAGACCUUUAUCGUCAGAAGUUCUUUUAGGCAGCUUUUCAGCUGAUGUCACGGCUGGGCAUAUUGAAGGCAGUAAUGAGAUAUCAGGUAACGUGCGUGAUUCGUCAAGUCAUGAAGAAAAUGAAUGUUUCAGACGCAGAGACCAUUGCCAGAAACGGAAAUACAGAAAGCACGAUGACUGACGUUAAACCAACAGUCUGUGAGGUUUUCAUUGAAAGGGCCGAAAUCCUGAUGACACAUGCACCAACUAUGUUCCUUAUGAUGUCAUUCCUAUCUUGUUAAAGUUGAAGAUACCUCCACCGUGACAUUGAAUAUUGCAAGCGUGAAGUCUGCACGUUCAAAAGUUACUUUUGUCCCAAAUUAACAUAUACAAAAACAAGCAAUGAAUUAUUUUCAAGGCUGCUCAAACCAAGAUUUCGCUUUUCGCUUUGUCCUUUGCAAUUGGCUCAGAGAGGAUUAUUCUGGUCCUGAAAUGUUGUUCAUUGCUCGGGUCUGAAUUCACUUAUCUACAUUUAGGGUGAAAGAACAAAUCUGAGUCAGUUGCACUUCAACAGCAUUUUACGCAGUCUUGUUUUGAUCGCGUUCGUUACUUCUCUUUACUAUUAAAUGUGUCAAUCAAAGCGUUAUGUCAUCCACGUAAAGGUUUAUUUAAAGGAAUGAAUAUUGGCGUACAACGGUCUUAACGCGAUUGUGCAAGGUGAAGGUCCAAUGGAAACGUUUGUCAUACAUAAAUGUUUGUUCUGCCUAUUAGAACUUGGUAAGAUCGCGUCUUUUUGAUGCUGUCCAAACAGCAAUGCGUUAAAGGACUAUUCAUUGAUUGACAGGUUUAUGUUUACCAGCUAUGUUCAUGGCAAGAUAUGUAGUGUGAGUUUAUUGCAACAAACCACCGAUUCUGUUAAUGGAAAAAGUAACAUUUUUCAACUGUCGUUUUGUAUGCUGGCUACUUUUCGUUCUUUAUUUAAAACUAACAAUUUA